GUCAAACGUUUAACGCACCGUUCUAAUUUGCUGCUUAGGAUGCGUCCGGCUUGGUUUUGCGUUUUGUUCAUCAUCUUUGGUAUUGUACACUCUAAAGAAGCUGAUGAACUGAGUUUUUCGGAAGGUGUGACGUGUAGGUCGUACGUGGCUGCUAAAAGUAAUGGUUUGCUCGAUGUAUGCAAAAAUCUUUGGCGUAAUGCUGACAUUUCAACAUUCCCCGUGGAAUCUGUCGACUGUAUAUCAUGCAAGCAUCUCUUAAGCAGUCGAAAUUACAAAGCGCUUGCCAAACUCAUAUCGACAAAAGAGACUCUUCGAUUCCGCGUCAGAUCUACUUGUGAUGAUUGCAAGAAAAUCAUAGAUGACACACGUGUCUUAAUCAAAGAUAAUGACACCAAGUCCGCUGUUGCUAGUUUUCUCAAGAAAUCUUUCUGCUACGAACUCCCGCUUCAAAUUGUUGAUAUUUGUAAGCGCACCGUUGAUAAUUACGUAGGCGUUAUCAUGGAUCUUGCGGCAAGCGAGCUGGAAUCUGGCCCCAUAUGUGCUCUCUUUGGACUCUGUCUUGGCGAACGAAACCUUGCUCGGACCCACAACGCGCCACCUGCCAUAGAGGCCUACUCAUGGAUUAACCGACCUGCUCCCGUCGGCUUCGAAUUUUUCCAUUCUCGCCUUACCAGAAAGACUGAACCUGAAGGCUCAGAUACCUGCACUGAUUGUGUCAAUGUCUUCUCCCGCAUUCGCGAUAAAACCGAGGAUCCAAACUUUGACAAAAUGUUGAAAGAUGUGGUCAAAGACAAGCUUUGCGAGUCCUUUGGCUACUUCAAAGCUAUGUGCGAAGCUGCUGUGUCAAAGCAGGUAGACGCGAUGAUCGACAAUGCCUCAAAAAUGAACAUUACUGACCUGUGCUUCUUCUUUGGUCAGUGCACGGAGGGCGUGUCUGCAGCAGCGAUUACUCUCAAGCAGGAUCUUCACCGAAUUUACACUCAGACCCCACAGAGGUCUGACGUCGAAAUCCCAUUUCUCUGUCCUUUCUGUCGAUAUGUCAUAAAGACGGCUAUCGAUGCUACUCUUGACAACAGAACCGUAGCGGCAAUGGCGUAUGCUCUGGAACAAACCUGCUAUUUGUUCAGUGGCGAAACUCGAAGGAAUUGCAUCAACUUCAUAGAAACCAAUGCAGAUUUGAUUAUCAAGGAGGUUAUGGCUGGCACCGCUCCUGAACUGAUUUGCAUGGCGAUCGGAGUUUGCGGUCCAUUCCAACAACCCCAACCUGUUGACGAUUCCAAGUGUAGCAUAUGCGAAGUAAUUGUCAACACUAUCUACGAGAAUCUCGAAGCCAAUGCGACCAAGGAGAAAAUUAUCGAGGAGUUGGAGACCGUCUGCAGUUAUCUUCCCUACGUGAAAGACCAGUGCAUUAAUUUGGUAGACGAAUAUGCGUCACAGGUUAUCGACUACCUCGUGGACGGCGUGCCACCGAAGGAAGUCUGCAAGAAAUUAGGAUUCUGCCAGCAGAAAGUUGAAGACCUUCAAGUGGAAGAUUCGUGUGCCAUUUGCGAAGUGGUUUUCAUCGAGCUCUACUCAAAACUGCGGGACAAUUACACCAUCGAGCACAUUGAAAAUGCCCUAGAAACUGUCUGCAAUUAUAUCCCCACCGGCUAUGAAGACAAGGCAAUUGUUUCCCAAUUCUGUCGGUCGCUAGUCCGUGAAAACACACCUGCGAUAAUCGACCUGGUCAUGCAAAAAGUAACGCCAAGGUCCAUUUGUGAGACACUCGGAAUCUGUUAUGGUCGUCGCGCGAGGCCCACACCAGGAAUCGGGAAGUGUGAGAUUUGCGAGGACAUUAUUGAUUUCAUCUACACCAAGCUAGAGGACGGGGCUACCGCGGACGAAAUCAAGAAGACCCUAGAAACCGUCUGCGAUCACCUCCCCGGUGACAACAUGAAAGCCACCUGUCACGAGUACGUGAGGGCAUACACCUCGGUGCUAAUAAACCUUCUCAUGGAAAACCUACCGCCUCGUGAAAUAUGCCAGGCCCUGCAUCUGUGUCCGUCGGAUCAGCUGGUGAAGCGAAUGUGUGCUGGCGGACCCGUUGCCUGGUGCCGUGAUCAAAAAACCGCCGAACUGUGUUCUCGUAUUCCCUUCUGCAAGGAAUUCAUCUGGGGCAACAACAAUGACCAGCACCCACGACCCUCGAUCGUGCGCAAGUACGACUGCAGCAAACUCUUCACACAGGAGGAGCGUUGCUCUAAUCAGCGUCUGAUGCGACUAUGUGGCUUUGUGGGCUUCUGUGCCGACUUCAAACGACCUCUCGUAGCCGCGUCCGACCAGUGUCGAUUCUGCCGCAACCUCCUCACUCAGCGCCUUGUCUACGGCAGCUUGUCUCCUGACUGCUCGAUUUACGUCAACCCUCUGGAAAAAGCACGCUGUGAAAAGGUGCGCUCAGUGAAGCUUCCUGGUCAGCUGAACACCAACAGUCUGGACUCCGUCUGUAAGGUAAAUCACUGCUCUGUUUUACUGUCAAAUGAAGACACGCGCAUUCGCGAGAAUGGAUUGUGUGACGAAGGUUCCGAUUCAAAACCACCCAUGCCGAAUGUCCUCGGCGACGACCCUUGCUUGUGGGGUCCAUCGGUUACGUGCCGUGACGCCGACAUCGCAUCACGAUGUGGCGCCACCGCCUACUGCCAGCAGAACGUCUGGUUGGCCGACCGGCCGGAAGGACGUCGUGUAAACCAGGUUCCUGGAAUGAAACUCGUUGACUGCUCGCGACCUCUCAACGAGAUAUGCGUCUCGCCGAUGCUUCGCUACUGCGGCAAGUCCAUCUUGGACCAGUGCAAGCGCCACGUCGCCUCAGCGUCUGAGGACUCGAAGCAGGACGGCGAUUUGCGUCAGCGCAUGUGCAAGGAUCGUCCCGUGAGCUUCUGUUCCGACGCCAAAAUGGUGGAACUCUGCAGCAUGGGGGAGUACUGCGAGGCGAUGAGCAUGGCACCCACUCCGGCCGCCCCUCUGGCCAAGAGGUCAAAGGUCACGGCGGACCCCAGGUGCAAACGCGGUCCCGCAUUCUUCUGCCAAUCCUACCAGAAGGCAGUGCUGUGCGGGGAGGUUAAGCAGUGUCGACGACGCUUCUGGUUGUAG